CCCGUCUGCAUCGACGACCUGGACGAGAUCCUCCAGCCCUGCCACUCGCUCUGCGAGGAGGUGAAGGAGAGCUGCGCCCCGGUGAUGUCCGCCUUUGGCUUCCCCUGGCCCGACAUGCUGGACUGCAGCCGCUUCCCCAAGGACAACGACCUCUGCAUCCCGCUGGCCAGCAGCGACCACAUCCUCCCGGUCACCAGGGAAGCACCCAAGGUCUGCGACGCCUGCAAAAACAAAAACGAGGACGAUAAUGACAUUGUGGAAAACCUCUGCAAAAAUGACUUUGCCCUGAAGAUAAAAGUGAAGGAGAUUGCCUACAUCAAUGGGGAUACCAAGAUCACCCCUGAAACAAAGAGCAAAACCAUCUACAAGCUGAAUGGGCUGACGGAAAGGGAUCUGAGGAAGAUCGUGCUCUGGCUCAAAGGUGGCCUCCAGUGUACCUGUGACGAGAUGAAUGACAUCAACGUCCCCUACUUGGUGAUGGGGCAAAAGCAAGCUGGGGAACUGGUGAUCACCUCGCUGAAGCGGUGGCAGAAAGGGCAGCGGGCUUUCAAGCGGUUCUCCCGCAGCAUCCGCAAACUGCAGUGUUAGUGGCUUCGGCUCUGCCCACUGCCAGCAGCCGCCUCUGUCCCGAGCUCUCCGGGCCUCCUGCACCUUCUUGCUUCGGCCCCUCUGAGCCUCGAGAUGCCACGGGCAUGAGACAUGGUGACCGCUCUCCGAGAGGGGAGGGAGCCCUCCGUUUUUGUACAUAGGUUAAAAUGUAAUAAAAAAAAAAAACAUGACUAUUUUUGGGAAGUAUUAAAGUAUCUUGCUUAAAGCUUUUUUUUUUUUUUACGGUUGCAAAUGUGACUUUGGUCUGAGGUUUUUCCCUUUUCAUUUUGGUAACGCUGGUUCAUUUAUAUUGCUGCUUCUCUGUAUAUGUGCAUGUUUGUUGCGCAGAAGUGGGAGAUGCAGAGAAAGACAGCCACGCGUGCGACUGGCCUGUCACAGUGGGUACGACUCUUUCACCAAGGUGAAAUGGCUUGCCAUCUAUAUUAACACUAUAAAGGUCAUGUUAUGACUCUUGCAUGUGAUACAUAGGUACCAGUAAGAGUAUAUUAACCAUUCUCACAUUUUAUUUUCCACAAGUCUGAGCCCUUCUCUCACAGAAAAAAUGAACAAGUUUUGGAGCUGGUUGAUCUGAAUGCAGCUUUUUUUUUUAUUAUUUUGCAAAUUAAACCAUCUAUAGCCUAACUGUAAUAUACCUAGUGGUUAACCUGAAAGAGGUGUAAAAUAUUGCUUUAAUUAACCUUGUAAAUACUCCAGAUAAAUGUUAUAUUCUUGUAUAUAAACUUUACAUCAUAGUUUA